GCAAACCCUGUGACGCGGCAGUGUCGAUACGACCGUGCUGGUCGCAGGUCGCAUGUGUGAUAGCGUGUCGCCGACUAAGUCGAGCGACGUGAUGCGAGCAGCAAGUGGCUUUCUCGUUGGCUAAAAAAUCUUGCAGGUGCGCGCAUCGUCGAUAAUCAUGGAAGAGGUUUUUCAGAACGGCAACUAUCAGAGGGAGGCUAACGCCAAUAUGACCGCCGUCGAGACGCGGAAAGAGGAUUGCCUGCUCGAUCACAUGGAGAUUUCGAUAGUCGAAGCUGAGAAAAGAGCAAAUAAAGCGCUUAAUCUAAGAGAAUUCUACACGGUAUACCUCAUUGAAACUAAAGUCACUGAUGCAGAUUUCAAAAACGCGCUAACUAGAAUAAGUUCAUUAUGGCGACGAUAUACCGAGUUCGAAUUACUUCGUGCGUAUUUGGAGAUCUCUUAUCCUUAUAUCGUACUACCGCCGCUACCAGAGAAGAAAGUUCUCUAUGCAUGGCAAAAAGUAACAACCGAUACGUUCGAUCCAGACUUUGUUGAUCGCAGAAGAGCUGGUCUCGAGAAUUUUCUUAUUAGAGUGGCAUCGCACCCCAUACUGUCGCGCGAUCAACACUUUAUGGGAUUUCUUCAGCAGAAGGACGGUUGGAGAGAGAGUGUGAAAGAAACGGGGUAUCUGCAGAUUGCAGAAUCGAAACUGAAAGCGCUUAGUGUAGCGGUACGACUAAGAAAGCCGGACAAACGUUUCGAGACUAUAAAGAAUUAUGGAAUUGAGCUUCAGAAUAAUUUAUGCAAUCUGCUGCGAGUGCGCGCGCGUCUCGUCGAGAAGCAACACAGUCUGUACAAGUUACACGCGAAUUAUGGUCGCGUCUUUAGCGAAUGGAGUGCCAUAGAGAGAGAAAUGGGCGAUGGAUUGCAGAAAUCGGGACACUACUUGGACUCAUUAGCGGCAACGAUAGAUACUACCCUUGAGGAGGAAGAGCUUAUAGCCGAUCAGCUGAAGGAGUGGUUGUUCGGUGCGUCUGCCUUGCAAGCUGUGGUUAAACGUAGAGAAGCUCUGCAAUUGGCCAAGGACGAAGCCCAUGAUGCUUUAACUACCGCGUUUGAUCAGAAAGAUAAGGUCAUGCAAGGUAAAGCCGGUCUGAUGUCGCGUUUAUUCGGCUCCGUGGAUACCGAGGAAGUUCGCGAGCUGAAGAUUCUACAAUUGGAACAGCGAAUCGCCCAGCACGACGAGACAGUGAAACAAGUCGACGAAGACUUGAAAUCUUUCUCAAUCAAAGCCAUGAUGGAUAUCGAAAGAUUUCAGCACCAAAAGGUUGUCGACUUGAAGGAGACUUUGGCCGCUUAUUGCGUAUUGCAGUUUAAACUGGCUAGAAAGGGUCUCCAAGCAUGGCAGCACGUCAAGAAUUGUCUCGAGAGUAUGCCGUAAAAAAUCUCGUUGCGCUUGGCAAGAGCAGACUGUCACAGAACAAUAAUUGUUUCCGCAUUUAUCUCUUUCUCUCUCUCUCUCUCUCUUUCUCUCGCUCUCUCUUGCGGAUUAUACAUUCCUGCAUUUGUAAGUUUAUGCCGUACGCUUACUAUCAUAUUGAUGUACAUGAUUGUUAUUAUUAUUAUUAUUUAAUGUCAGAUCUCUCUCUAUAUAUAUAUAUAUAUAUAUAUAUAUAUAUAUAUAUAUAUAUAUAUAUAUAUAUAUAUAUAUGUAUGUGUGUAUGUGUGUCCACACACACACACACACACACACACAUGUAUGCAAUAUUCAUGUUGGAUAUAUAAAAAUAUGUCAAGACGCAUUAUUUAAAUAUUUAUAUAUGUAUUUACUAUGCACCGCGCUCUUUACGCGGGCACGUCUAGAUGAAUUACAAUCAAUGCGCGAGAGACCAUACUUUAUAAUCGUACACAAAUCGGGGCGCGAUAUGUGAAUUACAUAUUCAGUAUGAUUUGUAAAAUAUAUGCAAACGACGAUAGAGAGACUUUGAGACCUUGUUACUUUUUUUCAUAUACUAUUUUUCCUCUAUCGUUGAAUAGGCACUUUGAUAAACGUCUUUUUUGUUGAUGAAUAUCGACUGAAACUUGAUUUCUUCGCGUAGAGAAUUAUAUUUACCUUUUGCAAUAUGCAGCAGAUGCAUCUGGUACUCAUCAAUGUGGACGAUUGUAUGAUGGUCGCUCUUGUUAUUUAUUUCACAUAUUUCUAUGCGGUAGUUAUUUUUCAUAUUAUUACCACACCAAAAAAAAAAGUUGUUGGCCCUUAGUAUACAUAAACUUUUUCGCAACUUAUUCGACGCUUUCGUUAUUUGAUAUAUAAUUGGAUGAAUUGAAAUCUUUCAUCUUGAAUUUCAUUUCUUCGGAUAUCCUAAUUGAAUCUCUAAUAAAAUAGAAAAUAAUUAUA